UACAAUUUAAAAUAUUUAGAAGUCAUAUAAAAGGAGCUCGUUUGACACUGAAAUUUUAAAAAUGUCAUCAAUAUUGGGACUAAGGCUCAAGGGUAUACAAGCAUAACGGUGAGCCACCAGCAUCAGCUUCUUCCACACCAUCUUCAACAACAUUUAUUCUGCAACCUGUUUUUUCUCCUUUCUCAAAAAUGCUAUUGGAUCCAAACAAGUAUCCAUCAUUUUGCAAGCUUUUAUUUAGACAAGGUUUCAUGGAUGAAAUAGUAAUUUUUUCUUAGCUCAUCUUUAUUAUACUCUUCUUUUUGGUUCUUGUGGUCUAAUAAACUUGAGGAUUUUUUGUUAAUUAGCUAAUGCCGUCUUGUUUCAUCAAAGAACACAAGAACAUGUUGGCCAAGACUUGAUUACUGAAAUCGAAUGUAAUUGGAAUGUUGUGGGAAGCAAAUAUAGUGAGAAAAAAGUCAAAUAACUUCAUAUGUGAAGGAGAGUGGACACAAUUUGUGGUGCAUCACCAACUGAAGCCAGGUGACAUUUUGCUCUUUUUUCUCAUUGAUAAAUCAACAUUUCAAGUCAUGGCCUACAAUCAAAAAUGUUAUAGCAACUUUAGUGGGAACCAACAAUUUGAGGAACUAAGCAGUUCCUCCGAUGAAAAACAGGACGUUGGAAGAAAAUCCAUUAGAGUUCAAACAGAGCCAAUAGAAUCGUCAGGUACUGUUGUUGCUGAAGAGGAGGAAGUUGAGAGUGGAAAUGAAGAAAAUGGUCCAAAGAAGAUUAGACUCAGUAUGGUGAACUUAAACAAUAAAGAUCCAUACUAUGAAAUGGUUGUGAAAAAAUCACACGCAAUUUUUAUGACUAUCCCGAUCAGCUUCGCGAGAUGGACUGGCAUAAUUAACAUGAAGAGAAUGAGACUGGAUAAUGGGAAAGGCAAGGAGUGGCGAGCGGACAUAGUACAUAAACAAGGGUGUAUUCGCAUGACAAGUGGAUGGCCUGAAUUCCGAACUCAUAACAAGAUAACCAGUGGUGACAAUUAUUGCUUCAAGUUGAUUCAGGAAAAUGUUUUACAGGUUCAAAAGAUCUCCAAACCCCAUUCCUUACACUAGCUACAUGUAUGUAGUAUGGUUUCUUUUAGUUUGGCAUCACAAUCUGGCUAGGGGUAUAGUUAUGAUAUGAUUAUUCGAUACCUUGUUUGCAAAUUUUUAUGAAUAUCAUGUUACGGCGACAUUGUAUUUGAA